AUCUACCCCUAUAAUUCUCGAGUCUUUUGACAAAUUCUUUCUCUCAAUUCGAACCAUUUCUCUCUGUUUUUUUUUUUCCGUUUGGAGCAUACGCAAAACCUUAGGGUUUGGUUUUCCCCCAAUUCAGGGUUUAACUUCCAAUCACUGAUAUCCAAAUCCCACCCUGAACAUGGUUCUAUUCAGAUGAGACCCAAAUUUUCUAGGGUUUUGGAGUUCCGGGUCUGUCAAUGGGAGCCUUAGCCAGGAAUCGUAAGCGUAUAGACGAGUGUCUGAGCUCGAAUUCUCCCUUUUCCCCCUAUUCUCACAUUUCCAAGCGACCCAGAUUAUUCUCCUCCUCUUCUUCUCCGACGACCCGACCCGUAUUCUCUUCUAACCGCGCCGUCGCCAGGGUCUCCCGCUACCCAGCCGCGCAGCUCCCGUUGCGUCGAAUUCACGCGCCUGUUAAGCCCGACAAGUUCAGCUCCUCCUCCUCCUCCGGCCCCGGCCGAGGGGACCAGUCGGGUGACGUCACCAUCAUGGGCAAUUUGUUGCGGCGUUACGCCAAUGCGAAGAAGGAAGCUCUUGCUACGUGUAAGAGUAAGAAAAGGGAGGAGGAGGAGGAGGAGGUGAUUCAAUUGGAUGAGGAGGAGGACGAUGAUGAUCAGAAUCGGGUUUCGGAGGAUUCGAGCAUCGAGGAGGUGGUGGAUUUAGGGGAGGAUGAGCCGGAUGUGCAGGAAUUGGAGACCGAGAGGGUGCGAUGUGAAGCUCAGGCCACGCAGCCGUCGGCUUCUUCGGUGGCUUCGGACUUCACCACAUUGACAGUGAAUAAUACCUGUUCGAAAGUGGAGAGUUCGGAGCAGAUGAGGGAGUUGCUGGCCCUGAAUCCCGAGGAUUUGCCGAGUUACAAGAAGUUGAUUGAGGAGUUGGAUAGGAAGACUACUCCCAAAUUGAAACAAUUGGGUUUCGAAAUCCAGGUGAAUGAGAAUAAGCGGGCCCUGUUUGAGUCUUUGCGUCCGAAGAAGAAGCCAGUGGAGGAGGCGCCUCGCGAACCUUUUAUCCCUCUCAAAGAAGAGGAAAAGGCUGUGGUUGAGCGAGCAUUUUCUUAUGCGAAUCGGAGGAAGGUCCUUGUAACUCAUGAGAACUCAAACAUACAAAUUACUGGUGAACUUUUGCAGUGCCUUAAACCAUGUGCAUGGUUGAAUGAUGAGGUCAUAAACGUCUACCUUGAAUUGCUGAAGGAGAGGGAAAAGAGAGAUCCAAAGAAGUUUCUGAAAUGUCAUUUUUUCAACACAUUUUUCUACAAAAAGUUAAUAGGUGGAAGAAGUGGCUAUGAUUAUAAAGCUGUCAGAAGAUGGACUACCCAAAGAAAGCUGGGAUACAGCCUCAUUGACUGCGACAAAAUAUUCGUCCCAAUCCACAAAGAAAUACACUGGUGCUUGGCUGUGAUUAAUAAGAGAGAUCAGAAGUUCCAGUAUCUUGACUCGCUCGGAGGACGCGAUACCAAAGUGAUGCAACUAUUGGCUAAAUACUACGCUGAUGAAGUGAAGGAAAAGAGUGGGAAAGACGUUGAUGUGAGUUCUUGGGAAUUUGAAUGUGUCGAAGACCUUCCUGAGCAGGAGAAUGGGUUUGAUUGUGGCGUAUUCAUGAUCAAGUAUGCUGACUUUUACAGUAGGGGAUUGGAUCUCUGUUUCCACCAGAAACACAUGCCAUAUUUUCGAUUGAGGACAGCCAAGGAGGUUCUACAAUUGAGAGCUGACUGAUUUGUCAAGGAGGUUUAUCGCGAAACAGAUUAAUGACCAAUGCCUGCAUCCUCUUGACAAUGUUGAUGCCGCUCACCGUGAGAGCUUCAGCUUUUGUUUGCAUGAUUGUGGAGGUGAUUCCUGUCAGGACGUUGUUAGUAGAGUACAGAGCAAAUUGCAUAUAGCCUAGGUAUACGAGUGCGCGAGCCAUGAUUUGUCAGUGUCCAGAGUUGCAAGUAUUUUGAAGGGUCCUUGUAUCUUGUCACUUGAUUAGUGUUGGAUUUGAUCCAACAAUGUAACACAAGGUUUUUGAGGGAUAUGAAAAAGGUGUGUUAAUAUAUUAAGUUUCCAACUUUUGUGUUGGAGGAUAUCUGCAACACUUCUAACAAUUGUAACACAUUUUUGUUGUCAAUCUGUGAUAGAUUCCGUUGGUCC